AAUAUUGUCUCACAGCAAUAUCUAACCCAUUUUAAUCUAUAACCAUGGGUUACAUUACAAAUGAUAAAUCUGUUGUUGAUUUUUGUGAGAGUAAAACCGAAUCUCUCUCCAAUUGGGUACGUCAAGUUAAAAGUAAAUCUCUCAGUGUCAAGACAAAGAAAAAACGUGAUCUCAGAAUAAUCGCCAUUUUGAGCAACUCUCUAUCACGUGCCGAGAGCGAGCUCGUUACGAAACAAAGGGAACGUGCCAGAAGGUGGGCGCAAAUGCAAGCAGACCUUGGACUAUCAAAUAAGGAGGAGGAAGUGGCCAGGCAGCAGCGAGAAAAAAUCGAUAACAUAUGGAAGAAUGAUCUCAGCGGUCUAGAUAGUUUUUUCAAAGAAUUAGACAAUGUCAAACCAAUGAUAGUGAACUAAGUACUUACUACUAGGUAAUGUAAAAAUCUUUAUCUGUGAUAUACUAUGUAGGAUGUUUUUCUAAA